AUGGUACUGACGGCCAACCCGUUCGGUGACCUGCCCCUCUUCAGAAACCUGACCGAGGACGUGCUGAAGCCGACCAACCCGCAGGCGCAGAAGGUCAUCACCGAGGCGGCGCCGUAUAAGGUGUCGCCCCGUGUCGUCAGUAAGCUGACGCCCAAGCCCAUCAUCCAGACGCCGGGCAAGGUACGCGGCACGGUCUGGAGUCGUCGCUGUUCGACGGCCUGGACGACGAGGCCUGACGACGAGGUGGACGUGCUGGUGCCGCGACGCCCGGUCAAGAAGCUGGAGAUCAGGGCGGGCGCGCCAACGCCCGGCAGCCAGCCGGCCGCACCGGUGGCCGGGCCGACCUCAGUGGCCACCCCGCCGUCCCGCGGACCCGCCAGCAAGUCGGGCGUAACGUUCAGCCCAGACUACAGCAACUCGCCAGACAUCAUCCGUGGGCAGCUGAAGACGCCUCACCUGGCCAAGGACGCCCCGCCGCAGGACGCCGACGACACCAUCAGCAAGCUGAACACGCGGAAGCCGGCGCCGCCCGGCCGUCACGGCCCGGACGGCGUCAGCGAGAACAAGGAGAACGUCUCCGAGAGCUUUGCGCUGGACGACACAGUGUCGGAAGACGGCGCCGAGCCGCUGGCCGAGGAGGCCGAGGAGGCGCCGCCGCACCCGUCCGGUGUCAAGCUGAGGCGGCCCGGCUACUACACCCUGCCGCCGCUGGACAAGCUGCAGCCGGGCGCCGACGGCUGCCUGCGGGUCGAGGGGCUCACCAUCGGCCGCCAGUGGUACGGCAGCGUCUACUUCCCGGGUCAGACCGACCUGACCGGGCUCGACCUGGACAGCGUGGUGAUCUUCCGGCGGCGCGAGGUCUGCAUAUACCCGGACGACAAGCUCAAGCCGCCGCGCGGCCAGGGCCUCAACAAGCCGGCCCAGGUGACCCUGGAGCGGGUGUGGCCGACGGACAAGGCGUCACACCAGCCGAUCACCGACCCGGACCGGCUGGCGUCCGUCGGCUGGGAGCAGCGGCUAGAGCGCGCCUGCCACAAGCUGGGGGCGGCGUUCGUCGAGUACCGACCCGAGACCGGCUCCUGGGUGUUCAAGGUGGAGCACUUCUCCAAGUACGGUCUGAACGACUCGGACGAGGAGGAGGGCGGCUCUCCGCUGGUGGCGGCACGACCGGUGCAGGACAUGAAGGCCUCCUUCUUCAUGGAGGAGGACGAGGGCAUCGAGGACGACGGAGGGAGCCAGCCGGAGGAGGACGCCGCCGGACCGCCGCCGCCGCCGCUGCCCGCGUCGGCGUUUCACGUCGGCUUGCUGUCGGAGUCGCCGUCCGUCGAGGAGGCCGAGCACGACGACUGGGACGAUCAGGAGGCCGUCUUCGGGGCGCGCCGUGUGGAGAAGCUGCCGACAGCACCGCCGUCGGACCGCGCCGUAGUGGAGGCCUGCCGCCUGCUGGAGUCGGAGGCGCACCAGGACCUGCCGCCCAUAGUGCCGCGAUACGUCAACCACCUGACGCCGCUGGAACGCUCCAGCAGGGCUAGCACGGGUCUGCGGCUGGCCGACCUGGGCAGCAUGAUGGGCGGCGCCGGCGCCGCCCUCCCGUUCGGCCUCGUCUGCGGCCACGUGACGGCCACCGACCGACAGACGGACCGGCCCGACUCGCUGCGGGCCGAGUACGCUCAGCUGAUGGCGGUGCAACUGCGCUUCUCCGCCUGCGAGGUGCCGGCCGGCAGCGUGUGGCCGCUGUUCAGCACGCGACGCGACCUCGCCCUGCCAGAGGAGCUGGCCAAGGUGGACCAGCAGUGGGCCGACAUCUGGCGCCUGCUGGUCGCUCUCUGGGGUCAGCUCGACUUCUCCGUGCUGGCAGAAGACCACGAGGAGUGCCGGGCGUACGCGGAGGUGCAGUGCCGGCGCGAGGCCCUCUCCCGCUGGCUGGAGACCACCUGCCGGCCGCUGGUGGCCCGCGAGGUCGAGUCGCACGGCGACGAGCAGUACCUGGAGACAGUGUUCGCCCAUCUGAGCGUCCGCCAGGUGGGAGCGGCGAUGCGGGUGGCCCAGCGACACGGUGACCUCAGCCUGAGCCUGCUGCUCACUCAGGUCACGGGCUCGCACGAGACGCGCCAGCUGGUCAGGAGCCAGCUGGAGAACUGGCGCCAGGUGUGCGCCGACCAGCACAUUAGCCGGGAGCGGCUGCGGCUGUACAUGCUGGUGGCCGGCCUGGCCGUCUGGCAGACCAGCCACUCGGUGGUGAACCUGUGCACAGGGCUGGACUGGCGCCGUGCCCUGGCCAUCCAUCUCUGGUACCUCUCGCCAGCCACCAGCAGCGUGUCGGACGUGGUGACGCAGUACGACGAGGCGGCGCGCGCGGCCGACGGCGGCCCACCGCUGGCGCCGCCGCCGCUGCCCGCCUACCUGCCCGACCGCGGCGACGACGAGGCCGGCGAGCUGCCGCGGGACGUGUGCCACCACCUGCUGCGGCUGUACGUGAACGGCGGCGGCCGCCUGGAGCCGCUGCUCACGCCGGCCUCGCACACCGCCGAGCCGCUCGAUCACAAGCUCAGCUGGCUGCUGAUGGAGUGCCUGGCGUCGCUCGGCUACCAGCACCUGCCGGAGCCGCGCGCCGAGCAGCUGCACGUCAGCAUGGCUGCGCAGCUGGAGGGCGUCGGCCUCUGGCACCUGGCAGUGUUCGUGCUGCUGCAUAUCGCCGACCUGGACAGGCGUCGCGCCGCCUGUUCGGACCUCCUGCUGCGUUACGUGACACUGCACCUGCCGGACGAUGUGCGCAAUCUGCUCAUCAAGAACUUCGGCAUCCCGGUGUCCGUGCUGAGCUAUGCGCAGGCCGUGAGCGCGCGUGCCCUCGGCCGGCCGCGCGACGAGGCUCGACUGCUGCUGCUCGCCGAGAGAUGGCAGGAGGGGCACGACCUGCUGGUCAGGCACAUUGCUCCCGAGUGCAUCAUCAACGAGGAGUACGCUGCGCUGGGCGAUCUGUUGAGCCGCCUCUCGCCGCCGGAGGUCAGCCGCCGCGUCUCGGGCUGGGCGGCCUCCGGUCAGGUGUACGUCGACUACAUUGCCGUGUCGGAGGCGGUACAGGCGGUGCUGGACGGCAGGGCCGACGCCGAACAGCUGCAGCGGCUGCGGCCGCAGCUGGCCACCGUCAUGCAGCGCAUCCCGGCCUUCCCGUGCCCAACGGCGUGGCACAGACUUGGCGCAGGCCGAGAUGGCCAAGAAAGCAGCCACGCUGCUGCGAGCACUGCUCGAGGUGGACGGCGGGCCGGGCGUCGGCGCCGCUCUGCUCGAGCACCUCGGCCGCCUGCCGCUGCCCGAGGACUACGCCCUGGACGAGAUGCAGCACGUACUGCGCUCCCACCUGCGCGAGCUGAAGGUCUGAGGCGGCGGCGGUGGUAGCGGGCCGCACGGCGACGCUCUUCUGCUCCCGCUCGAACGAUCUCUCUCGCCGCGCGUGCCGCCGGCGGCGGCGAGUCGCGCCGCACCGCGCGCGGC